GAAAUGAUCGAGAUAAAUGAACUAUAAUUGAGCUUUAUGAACGAUAUUCGAAAUUAUUAACGACAAUCGAGUUUUCUAGCGACAGCCGAGAUUUUAUAUACGAUAGUCGAGUUUUACGACGGUCAUUUCGGUCAGCGGACUUGUACUCUUCCGCUUUUUCUUGGCGGGAAACGCGACAAAUAUGGCGGACGUUGAAGAGCUGCGGAAUUUUCUUUUAAGUAUUCAAAAUCUUCUCAGACACUGUAGUCAAGCGUAUCUGAAUAAAGAUACAGUGGGUGCUGAAUAUUGCAAAAGCAAAUUAUAAAAUUAUGGCGCUAUAAUUGUUGCAAUGGCUGUGGCAGUGUCAGAAGGUGAAAAUGAAACGGCUCUUUCUGGCCAGACUGGCGUUUCACUUUCAGCGCUUCUUUCCGAAUUGUUGUCUGCUAUGGAAAAUGAACAAGUAAAGUUAUCUGAAGUAGUGGAACUAUCAGUAGCAGAAAAUCUAACUAAUGUACCAUCAACGUUGCCGAGCACAGGAGGAAGACCUGCUUUUGACAUAAAGAAGGAACACGUUGAACAAUUAAGAGAUGCAGGUAUGAACUGGAAUGCCAUCUCAAGAUUUCUAGGGAUAUCAGAGAAAACAUUGCAGAGAAGAAGAGCUGAGUUUGGGUUAACGUCAAAUUUUUGCACUAUAAGUGACAGUGAUCUGGAUAGACAUGUUGUAGAAAUCCUACAAUUAACACCAUAUAGUGGUGAGUCUUAUGUCAGGGGAGGUUUGAAAGGGCGACAUAUCCAUGUUCAAAGAGAAAGGGUGAGGGAAAGUAUUCACCGUGUUGAUCCUAUUGGGAGGAGCAUACGAAGAAGAUAUGCCAUUUGUCGCCGUGUGUAUAGUGUAAAAGGUCCCAAUCACCUAUGGCACAUAGACUCAAACCACAAGUUGAUCUCCCAACGAUUUGUCAUUCACGGUUGCAUAGAUGGCUUUAGCCGAUUAGUGAUCUACUUACACUGCUGUUUAAACAAUAAAGCUGACACUGUACUACACUUGUUUCAAACCGGAGUUGAGAAGUUUGGUUUACCAUCCAGAGUAAGGGGCGAUCAAGGUGUAUAAAAUGUUGAUGUGGCACGUUUUAUGUUGGAAAAUAGAGGCAUAGAGAGAGGUAGUUUCAUCGCUGGUAGAAGCGUACAUAAUCAGCGAAUUGAAAGGCUCUGGGCUGAAGUUAAUAGGGUUUUGUCAGCACUUUACAAAGACCUUUUCCAGUUUUUAGAGAAUAAUGAACUGCUAGAUUCAUUGAAUGAAAUCCAUUUAUAUGCACUUCAUUAUGUGUACCUCCCACGCAUCAAUUCAGCUUUAGCAGAGUUUCAAAGUCAGUGGAAUCACCAUGGAAUAAGAUCAGCUAACCACAAAUCCCCAUUGACACUCUGGUACACCAACAUUCAAAAUGGCCCAGAGGAUCCAGUUGUGAUCAGUGAAACCUCUUACGGAAUUGAUUACAGUGGCCCUUUGCCUGAAAUAACCACUGAUAAUAACAUUGUUGUGCCUCAUUCUGAUCUUGAACUCACAGAGGACCAAGUUUCUUAUCUUCAAGAACAUGUUGAUCCUUUACAAGAUGAUGGUAACAAUGGAAUAGAUCAUUACCUUAAGAUAUUGAAUAUUUUAGGCAAUUUCUGAAGGUUUACUAACUAUUUCAUCGUGACACAUCACAAAGACACAAUAUUUUAGGAAUUUCCAUGUGUGUUUCUACCACUUAGGUUUAAGCAAAGAAAACCCUUUUCACACACUCAGGAAUUUUUUAUUAAUUGUAUUAUUUUAACCUAUUUUCGCAUACAUGUUAUGAAAAAUGUUUGCAGAAAUGCCAAAAGGAAAAUAUCCUAAGAUGUGUCUGAGACACAAUGUGUCCAUUGUGUCCAACUAUGCAUUUGAAAUGGUUAGUCCAAUUUACUGCAUAAUUGUAACUGGGUUAGGUUAUCUUAACACAAAGUACCCCAUAGAAAUAUAUCGUGUCCGCUGACCGAAAUGACCGUCGUAAAACUCGACUAUCGUAUAUAAAAUCUCGGCUGUCGCUAGAAAACUCGAUUGUCGUUAAUAAUUUCGAAUAUCGUUCAUAAAGCUCAAUUAUAGUUCAUUUAUCUCGAUCACUUCGUAUGUGUAUUCUCGACUAUUGUAUACAGUACUCGCUUAUCAUAUACACAACUCGACUAUCGCAUACUAUACUCGACCUACUUUUGUCCACUUUGGCU